AUGGCAACUAAUGUUGCGGAUCCACCUCCGAAGCCAAAAAAACCUUAUGAAGAAAUUAGUGCUAUAUUUAAUGGAAAUGAGGUAAAAAUACGAGUGCCCAAAAGUACGUCAAAACCGCCAAAGCUGACUCCAUCACAGCUGAAGCUACAACAGAGCUGUACUUGUGAAGAUGAUGAGUCCAUCUGCUCAGAGACCUGCGGCAUGGUGUGUGGGGAAGACCAGUGUCCAGGGAACAGGUUGGAUUUCCAAAUUCCUGACGACAUUUGCGAGUCACUUACACACAGGACGAAUCUAAAUUCAGAGCUCAUUUACUCCAAGACCACUGGCAACGACACGAUGUGUAAUAUAUGCAAUGUGACGCCAAAAGACGCGCCUAAAGGAGUGCAAGCACAGAAGGUGCUGCAUCCAGACAAAGACGUAUUCAUACUCAAGAUUGGGAAGCAAACCGAUGAACCAAACCGUACGGGGAACAUUGAGGUGGAGCUGGUGACUCCUCGUGCACCAGCCAAAGCGCAGCCAGCGACCCACCACUGCAUGCAGAUCCAGUGUGAAGAGGACGACUUUGCUUGCUGUCUUCCUUGCAGAACUUGCCGUAUGGUACCUAAGAAGCGAAAAAUCAGAAGACCCAGAUGCUGCCCUUACUGA